AUGACUACAUACACUCAACAACAAACACCAUCAUCUAUUAAUACUCUGUACACUGGCCCUGCACAAGGACAGACCUCAAAUCCAGCAAAGCAGUACACUGCUCUUCCUCCAAGCUCAACAAGCAAGAAAACUUACCCAACCAUUUUCACACUCCCCCACAUUGGCCGGGAACUACAUCCACAAGAACUCCUUGACGCACGAAACUUGACAAGAGCUGAAUCUUCUACCACCAAGAACAACAACUACAGUCUCUACACUAACGAUUCUACAGCAACCAGCACCUCGACCAACACAAACCCUGAAUACAGCAUCUCCACCCUCCUCCAGAAACUAACCACAUUUCUUACAAACUUCUUCCUCCGCUCCCACACCAACAAGAAUCCCUCUGCAGCCACCGCUUCCAAUACCCCAGGCAGUCCCCAGAACCACCCCCACGAACCUACCUUCCCCCCCUUCCUCCUCCCCUACACCCCCGCACCCUCCUCUUACCCCUCUUCUUCCUUCUCCUCCGGCACCGAAAGCGACAAGGAACCCACUCGCGAGAAACAGAAACAAAAGCAAAAGCAAAAAAGGUGCUGGGUAGGUCGCCCCCGAGGCGCGAUUUUACGACCAAGAGAUCGAUAUUAUGCACGGGGACUAUGCGAUAAGCACGGUAGUGAAGGGUUUUGGAGAAUAUGCGGAUUCAUCAUGGAGCGAAAGGGGUGGAGGUGUGGGUGA